CAGCCCCGGACGACGACCGGCGCCGAUAAGUACGCCCUCCACAGAGCCGUCUUCAACAACGACCUCAAACUCAUCGCUCAUUUGUUACGCAAUUACGACAUUCAACUCAAAGACAGUCACGACCGUCGACUCGACUCCGCAUUCGCAGUCAAUACUGACCUCCCGUUCCCCUCUUUAGGCAACUCUCCGCUGCAUUUGGCGGUAAUGUUGGGCCACAAGGAGUGCAUCCAACUCCUCAUCGCGCACUCGGCGCCCGUGAAGUGCAAGAACGCGCAGGGAUGGAGUCCUUUGGCCGAAGCCAUCAGUUAUGGCGACCGACAGACGAUCGCGUCUCUACUGCGCAAACUGAAGCGCCAGUCGCGCGAGACGAUGGAGUGUCGGCGCCCUAACCUCAUCCGCGCGCUCAACACAAUGCAGAACUUCAAAAUGCAACUCAAAUGGGAUUUCCAGUCGUGGGUGCCGCUCGUGUCGCGCAUCCUGCCGUCGGACAUCUGUCGCAUCCACAAGAAGGGCUCUUCGAUCCGAUUGGACACGACUUUAGUGGACUUCUCGGACAUGAAGUGGGAAAGAGGCGACAUUUCGUUCCUCUUUUCCGGCGACGCAAAGCCCUCGCAAUCCCUAACAGUCGUCGACAAUAAACUCCGUGUCUUUCAACGCGUGCGAUACGAGGACUCGGAGGCGGAGGUCGAGGACGAAGUGGAUCUUCUCAUGUCUUCGGACAUUGUCAACGCGCAGAUGUCCACCAAAUCCAUUACCUUCUCGCGCGCGCAGUCGGGCUGGUUGUGGCGCGAGGACCGGUCGGAGCGCGUCGGCACCUUUAUGGCCGACUUCUACGCCAUCGGCGGUCUGUAUCUCGAGUCCCGUAAACGCCGCGAACACCUCUCCGACGAAGACCUCCAGAAGAACAAGGCUUUCAUCGACGGCAUUACGAAAGGCGGAGGAAUGGCGCCGGCAGUUGUCAAUGGCGAAGACGACGGCGAUGACAACAAGACGGGAGCGGCCGCUCUGAACGGAGGCGCAGAGGCGACUGUCCAGCGCCGCAAAUCGCUGACUCCGCCGCCUCCCACGACUGUCACGUGGGACGAGUACAUCGACGCCCCGCCCGGACAGCACCGACCGCUCGGAAGAGAACCGCUUUGCAAAGAGACGUCCAAAGCGUUCAAAGCGACGCUCGCGAUGAGCCAAGAGUUCCCGAUGACUGUCGACUCGUUGCUGAACGUU